UGGCCCAUGAAACAGCAUCAACCAAUCAGCAUCAAGAUUGUUUAACUUUGAUGAUCUUGGCAUUUCGUUUUUGAAAAGAUGUCGAUUAAACGGGGCAUCGGCAGUGUGGAGUACAUGAAAAAAAGGAUACCGAAAAAUGAAAAGUAUCAACAUGUCAAAACGAGGCUGGACACAGGUUGCAGCCUCUCAAAGUAUAUGGAAAGACUGGAGGACAUAAAAAAAAAUUACAGGUAUCGAAAUAAUGAAAUCUUUAAGCGGUUAAAGGUGACAACUUUUGCACAAUUGAUACUCCAGGUGGCCUCGGUAUCAGACCUGAAUGAAAGUGAGAUUGAUGUCGAAUCACACUGCCCAGAAGAUGGUAUGUCUGUGGUCUCUGAUGCAGACCUGGAGUGUCUGUCUGAACACACCAACGGCGGCUCCCUGCAGGCGUCCCCUGUUUCAGAUCGGCAGGAUUCAGGAGACACCGGAGACAUGUGUAACUCUGCCCGGUCAACACUGCUGAGUGUGAUCAGUGGUGUGGGCGAGCUGAACCUGGACAGGAACCAUCAGAAGACGGAGAACAAGUCGGUGUGCUGCCCCGAUCUCACGGACAGGCCGUACCCAGACUGCCCCUACCUGCUGCUGGACGUCCGGGACCGGGACCAGUACGACCGCUGCCACAUCAUCAGCGCGCACAGUUUCCCCAUCGCUACGCUCUCACGGACCAUGAACCCCUACACCAAAGACGUGCUGGAAUAUAAAAAUGCAGCGGGGAAGAUCAUCAUCGUGUACGACGAAGAUGAGCGGAUAGCGAGCCAGGCGGCCACCAUCAUGUGUGAGCGAGGAUUUGAGAAUCUGUACAUGCUGUCUGGAGGUCUUAAAGUAAUCGCUCAGAAGUUUCCAGAAGGUUUGACGACGGGCUCCCUCCCGACCUCCUGCCUGUCCUCCCCCAUGUCAUUGAAGGGGAAGAAGAGCUCCGUGAUGCAGCCGCCACCUCCGCUGCUGCCCGCGGAGAAAUGCUGGAGGUUUGCUUUUGACGACCUGAGCAAGAUCCAGGAUCAGCUGGAGGAGAACCUCCUCCCCAGUAACUCCAACAGCCGCAUGUCCAGCCGCGUGUCGUCCGGCAGCUCGCUCUCUAAAGCGUCCAGCGCUCGCAGCCGACAGAGUUCCUCCACAGCAGGGAGGGACAGCGCCAGAGUCCAGAGCAGCAGACCCUGGAAAUAACCCCCCUCAUCCACGCAGAUAUACAUAACUGAACAUACCUCCGACUAAGAGUCCAUUUUUGUCAUGUUUGAAGCUCUAGAACUGUAAAGAAACACAUCUCUACGACACAGAUGCUGAAAAUGAAAAUGUACACACACUUUGGGAGAGGAUUUAACGCUACACGAGAGUAGGGAGCAACAUAUUCUAAACUCUAAGGUCUUCAUCCUUUAGUUUCAUACUCAUCACUAACCAUACUUACGUCAGACUGAAGUAUUUCCACUCAUCUUUCUAUGUUCAUAAAUGGCGUGUAUUUGAAUGUUUGCACAGUGUCUCAUCUGUGAACCUGAACCCUGACGGAGCUUUUUGCACUCUUAUCUAUUGUUCCUGUACACAGUUCUCCUCUUAGACAACCACCUCUUCAGAUAAUCUCUUAACUCUGUUAUUUUCUCCUUCUUUUGGCAUCGUUACGUCCAGAAAGGUCACGUCAAACUCCAUCAAUAUGACACGUUUUUUGCUGGAGCGUCAUUGAAUGUCAUGCUAUGAAAUGAAGGAUUUGCUGGGAAUCUGUGUUUUCCAUGAGAUGUAAUUUAUAUAAAUGAUGUCACAGAGCUCGAUCCAUUUUGUAAAAUGAUGAACAGAUGUGCUGUAUUUUUGUAAUUUCCUCAAGGAGCCUUUAUUUUAGACCUUUUCAUCUGCUAAUGCUGUUACGUGUUUUCUGUGUGUGUGUGUGUGUGUGUGUGUGUGUGUGUGUGUGUGUGUGUGUGUGUGUGUGUGUGUGUGUGCGUGUGUGUGAACAAGGUACUGGUUAGUUCACACAAACUAUAAUUUUUUUAAAAAUGCUGCGUCGUUGAAGGGAGGAAACCACACUUCCCAUAGAUGCAUUUGAGAAACAGUAUUGAUCACUAAGGUGUGGCCUUCUGUUGGCGUGGUAGUGUCUUUUUUGUUGUCGUUUUUCUCUGAAUUCACUCACACAAUCUCUUAGGUGCAUUUUAUGAAAAUAUGUUCUACCCCGCAGCCUCGUCUUUGUGGCACAUUAACAAUCUGAUCACGUGAUUUUAUUUGUAAAUUGAUGUCAAAUAAAGUGUAUCCUUGUU